AUGAAUUGGAGUGACUUCAUCUUGAGAAUAUUCUGUUUUUCUCUUAUUGGUCCUGGAAUUGGAGGGAACUUAUUUGUGUUUGUGAAGCAUGUGUGCAUGUUUGUCAAGGGUCCUGAGAAGAAAAGCAUAGACCUUAUUCUCACACACCUGGCUUUGACAAAUUCAAUGACUCUUUGUACCACAGGAAAUGUGUAUGCAAUAUCAGCUUUACAACUCCAAAACUUCCUAGGUAAUGUUGGUUGUAAAACUGUGUUUUUCUUGGAGAGAGUGGGCCGGGGACUGUCAAUCUGCACCACAUGCCUCCUCAGUGUGUUUCAGGCCAUCACCAUCAGUCCCACAACCCCCACAUGGACAAAGCUCAAACUGUGGAUUACAAAGCAUAUUGUUCCCUGUCUCCUCCUCUUCUGGAUAUGCAAUUCCCUGAUCAGCUCUAACUUGCUCUACUACAUCACAACAGUCAACAAUGCAAGCAGAUCUGGAAGUAGAUACACUCAUGACUACUGUUAUAUGCUUCCAUCCAAGAUGGUAGUUAGGUGGAUUUUCCUCACUCUCAUGGCUCUGAGAGACAUCAUCUUUCAGAGUCUCAUGGGCUGGAGCAGUGGCUACAUGGCUUUUCGUCUAUAUAAACAUCACAAGCACGUCCUCUACCUUCAGAGAACCAGGUUUACAAAAAUCAGUAAAACCAGCCCAGAGAUCAGAGCUACUCAAAGUGUCCUCAUUCUCAUGUCUUCUUUCUUAUUCUUUUAUUGGGCAGAUUUCAUUUUCUCCCUAUUCAUUGGUUCAUUCUUCACAAAUAAUUCCAUAAUAAAAAAGGGUAAAAUGCUUCUUGAUCUCUCUUAUGCCACUCUUAGCCCCUUCAUUUUAAUCGGCAGGGGUGCCAGCCUGAUUAGCUGUUGGUCCACUCACUAA